CAGUCUCCAGGCUCCCUUCUUCAGAGUGACAGGAAAGAGUCACACUGGAAAUCGCUGCAGCUGGGGCUUGUCAGGUGGCUGUUGGCAGCUCAGGGUGGGAUUUUCCUUGUUCCCUCUUUCCUUCUUUCUCUCUCUCUCUCUUCCACUUUCCCUCUAUCUCUCUCAGGUUGCACACGAAGAAGAGUUCAGUGCAGAGGCUUCGUUUUGAAACCCUGGGCCAGUACUUGUUGGGAAAACCAAAGCUCAGAGAUGGAAGAUCACACCAGCUAAUCUGGGAGUGGUAAAGCAGAAAAGGGAGAAAUUACAAAUGGUCACAGACCUGUGAAGAAAAGCACUUUGUAUGCACAGCAAGCUCUUGCCUGUGACAUCGUGUUGCAGUCAUGGCGCCCAAAAAGAAGACUGUCAAAAAGAACAAAGGAGAGGUCAAUGAGAUGACAAUAAUUGUAGAAGACAGCCCACUCAACAAACUGAAUGCUUUAAACAGUUUCCUAGAAGGAGGCAAUGGAUUGAACUGUAUCUCAUCAGAAGUGACUGAUGCCUCAUAUGGACCCAACCUCUUGGAAGGUUUAAGCAAAAUGAGGCAGGAGAACUUCCUCUGUGACUUAGUAAUUGGCACCAAAACCAAAUCCUUCAACGUUCACAAGUCAGUGAUGGCCUCCUGUAGUGACUAUUUUUACAACACUUUAAAGAAGGACCCCGCCACUCAAAGAGUGGAUCUCAAUGAUGUGUCACCAGUUGGCCUGGCUACUGUGAUUGCGUAUGCCUAUACUGGAAAGCUGACUCUUUCCUUGUAUACAAUAGGAAGCAUCAUUUCUGCGGCUGCCUACCUUCAGAUCCACACUCUUGUGAAGAUGUGCAGUGACUUUCUGAUACGAGAAAUCAGUGUUGAGAAUUGUAUGUAUGUUGCUAACAUAGCAGAAACCUAUAACCUAAAAACCACUAAAGCAGCCGCCCAGAAAUUUAUCCGGGAUAACUUCAUUGAGUUUUCAGAAACUGACCAGUUCCUAAAACUUACUUUUGAGCAGAUCAAUGAACUACUGGUAGAUGAUGACCUGCAGCUGCCUUCUGAAGUAGUCGCAUUCCAGAUCGCAACCAAAUGGUUAGAAUUCGACCAAAAGAGAGUGAAGUAUGCUGCUGAUCUCUUGAGCAAUAUUCGCUUUGGUACCAUCUCUGCUCAAGACCUAGUGAACUAUGUUCAGUCUGUACCCAGGAUGAUGCAAGACGCAGACUGUCAUAAGCUUCUUGUGGAUGCCAUGAACUAUCACCUACUUCCCUACCACCAAAACACGUUGCAGUCUAGGCGCACAAGAAUCCGAGGGGGCUUUCGAGUUCUAGUCACUGUUGGGGGGCGGCCUGCCCUCACUGAAAAGUCCCUUAGCAGAGAUGUCUUGUACAGGGACCCUGAGAAUGGAUGGAGCAAGCUGACUGAAAUGCCUGCCAAGAGUUUUAAUCAGUGUGUGACUGUGAUGGAUGGAUUUCUGUAUGUGGCUGGUGGAGAGGACCAGAACGAUGCAAGGAACCAAGCCAAGCAUGCAGUCAGCAAUUUCUGCAGAUAUGACCCCCGUUUCAACACUUGGAUACACCUGGCAAACAUGAAUCAGAAACGCACCCAUUUCAGCCUCAAUGUUUUCAACGGGCUCCUUUUUGCAGUAGGCGGCCGCAACUCGGAAGGCUGUCUGUCUUCCAUUGAAUGCUACGUGCCUUCCACGAACCAGUGGCAGAUGAAGAAGUCUCUGGAGGUGGCAAGGUGUUGCCACGCCAGUGCAGUCGUCGAUGGCAAGAUCCUAGUGACAGGAGGCUACAUCAAUAGCGCCUAUUCCCGUUCAGUGUGUAUGUAUGACCCUGCUAACGAUGACUGGCACGAUAAGUCUAUCCUUAGCACGCCACGAGGCUGGCACUGCGCCAUCUCUCUCAGCGAGAGGGUCUAUGUGAUGGGGGGAAGCCAGGUAGGGCCCAGAGGGGAAAGGGUGGACGUGAUCCCCGUCGAGUGCUACAACCCGUACACAGGUCAGUGGAGUUAUGUGGCUCCUCUUCAGACGGGCGUCAGCACUGCCGGGGCUUCGACACUCAAUGGGAGGAUUUACUUGGUGGGAGGAUGGAACGAAAUAGAAAAGAAAUACAAGAAGUGCAUCCAAUGCUUCAAUCCCGACCUUAAUGAAUGGAUUGAGGACGAUGAGUUGCCUGAAGCCACUGUGGGAGUGUCAUGCUGCACUAUUUCUAUGCCUAACAAUAUGGCCCGGGAAUCCAGAGCUAGUUCAGUGUCCUCCGUACCAGUCAGCAUUUAAAUGUAGUGAGAAUGAAGAGAAAAGAUGCAUUCGUAUAGCUAUGUAAUUAACCCUUUGGCCACUUAAAAAAAAUAACCCCAAAGGACAGGGAAUAAACUUCCCCUACCACGACUGUAUUUUAAAAUAUAAUAGUGAGCCAUGUAGGAGGCAGAGCAGUGGGAAGAGUCAGGCCACUGAGUUCACAACCUAGCUUUGCCACUUACCUGCCUGUGUGACCUUGGGAGAGUCAUUGAAUUCCCUGAGAUCUGGGUCUCAUUUUCCUC